CAAGAAUAACUUAGUAUUCAAUUCUACAUCUCUUUUAUUCCAUUUCGAAGCAUAGAUACAUAAAGUGGACUAUGGAAAGAUUAUUUGUUACCCCAUGAUGACUGCCGAUGCCUCUAAUGAAAUCUAUCUCCCCACGGAGAUAGUCAUGCAGAUUAUGUCCUAUGUCUCCAACACUUCAGAUAAACCAGAUCGUCGACAAGCAACUUUAUAUGCGUGCUGCCUCGUUUCAACACAGUGGUAUUCUGCUGCCACUCCUCAUCUCUACGAAAGGCCGAUUUUGCGCUUUGGGUCUUCUUUCACCCAGUUCGCGGCCACCAUCAGCCCUCCACUCCAUGUUGCGCGCAAAAACAAGCUGAAGCUUGGGUCAUAUGUGCGCCGAUUAGAUCUGAGUGGCCUCGUGCAUCACAGUUCUCCCAGCCUGACAGCCAGAUUACUGGGAAAGGUCAAAGAAAAUCUAGUGGUCUUUUCUGCACCGCGUGUAUCCUUUGCAAUCAACUGCCUCCCUGCCCUCUCCAAAUGCACGAAACUGCAGAGUCUCGAUCUCUCUCUCGUAGCAGAGCCCUUUCCCUUCCUCGAAUUCAAGCGCUCCCUAAGCAACCUCUCGAAACUCACAACCCUCCGCCUCCCCCGAACCAACAACCUCAUCCCUCCUCCUCCCUCCACACUAUUAUCAUCAUCAGCAUCCCCCUCCACAAUCCCCUGGCCUCCUCGCCUACAAAACCUGCAAGUUACAGGUGACUUUAGCACCAAUCCGCUCCUAGCGCGCUACUUCGCCUGGCCACCCGCCCUCACCAGCCUCAUCCUGAAAAACUGCAAGAACCUCGACUCCUCCCCGCUGACCACCAUCCUCCUCGAAAACCCCUCCCUCCACACCACUCUCAAGCGCCUCAAGAUCGACCCCUCCAACCAUCUCUCCCUCACCUUCGUCAACCAAUUGCCCCUCACUAUGCCGAACCUCGACUACCUCAGCGUCCCCGGUGACACCAUCGAUUUAACCUUCUUUGAGAACCUCGACGAGCGCAUGCAGCUCCUCCGCCAGCCCUUGGCCCUGCGUACGCUGGAAAUCGAUCAACCCUGCUCGGACACCGCCGCGAGUCUGAUGUACUUCACGCCCCCGACGCUCGUGCACGCGCUGCAGAACGGGCUGGCGAAUGUACGUUCCGUGGGCAUUUCCGAGGCUUGGGAGUUGAAAGGCGGGGAGGUGGAGGAGAUCGAUUCGGUGUUGCGGAGUCGGUUCUCGAAGAAGAAACAAGGCAAGCAGCAGCAGCAGCCGCCAGUUGACCAGGCCGGAGCUGCAGGCAUGCCGUCGCCGCCUGCCUCUGUUGAUGACGAGGACGAAGAUGACGUCGAUGACGAUGUCGGCGUCUACUACCUAUGAGCAAAAGACAACCACAAACAUAGGAUCAAACCCGGAUCACAUUCACGAGACAGUUACCCUGACCGCAAUCGUUGUUCAGCUGCUGGCAGGGUUGUGAAAGCUCGCAUCACGCCGAAAUUUGUCCAAUAAAUG